AUUUUCUGUCAAAAAAUAACCAGAAAACUCCAGCCAUUUUCAAGGGCCUUAGCCGUGGAGCAUAUGGAUGUUUGGCAGUCUGACUCUGAGCCUGCCCAAGUCUGCUCCUUUCAAUUGUCUAUGGUCACCAUUAUCGGAAUCCUCAAUCACUGAUAACAGCAUCAAGAUCGUUUUGGCAUCUCCGAGAAACCUUUUUAUCUCGGUGCUGAGGCAUGAGAGUCUACUGUUUUAGUCGCUGGUCAUCAUGCAUCGUGACCGUUGGAUUUUGAGCUUUGAUUCAACCCGCCCGAAUAUUCGGGCAGCUCCUUCCAUAUUAAUCGAACAAUGGAAAAUGAUUACCGAGGUAAAGAGGAGGCACUUGCUCAAACGCGAACGCGAAACCCAAUCGUUGUAUAUUCGUUCUUCUCUGGCUGCUCAUGCCAUGAAACACGUCCAAGACGUGUAUUUCUCCCUGAUACUUCUAAAUCUUGAAUGAAGAAGGCGGAGGUACUAUGCCACCAGAAGUUGCUCAAGACCCAUCCUUCUCCGUCUUCUGUGAUUCGCCUUCAACGAAUCUUCCUCUCGUAGAAUCUCCAUUCACCGGGAAAGGUGCCGUCCAAUCGUCCCUCCCCUUCCCCGACCCAACGACUCUCAGCUCUUGCACCGUCUCAAAGUCUGAGUUUCCACCAAAAAAAUCACACGCCCGUCGUCAACCCCCGGGUCACAUUCCACGACCACGCAACGGUUUCAUUCUUUUCCGUUGUGACUUUGUCAAGCAGAAAAAGAUCCCAGAAAGUGUCGAAGGUAACCAUAGGAAUAUAUCCAGGAUUGCCGGCAUUCUUUGGAGACAGAUGAGCAAGGACCAGAGGAGGCCCUGGAUGGAUAUGGCGGAAGUUGAGAAGAAGAUGCACGAAAAGAAGUUUCCCGGAUAUCGAUAUCAGCCUACGCUUAACAGGAAUGCGGUUGAAAGCGAUCGCAGAGGUAGAGAAAAAGGCAAAGAACCCUUUAAGGAACGUACUAAAUUCCGGCGUGCCCGUAAUCGCUCUUUCAUCGCCACUGGUGAGGAUCGCGAGUUUCACUCGCCAGUCGCCAAUCCCGCGCCACUCCCCACCCAUAACCCUCCUUCGGCGAGUGGAUUCCCAAGACGCACAUCUUCGUGUCCACCCUCCGGCGCUGUUCCGAUCCAGAACUCAAAUACGAAUGUUCACGCCACUUCGGACGAUACCCAAGUGUCACGUCGUCCCAGUAGGGUCACGUUCUAUCAAUCCGUCUCUUUGUCUCAGUUCCCAUUUCCCUCUUCCAACGAUGGUCCUCCGACGUAUUGGAAUCUACCGAUGCACCACGUCAUGCCUACUUGUCCUCCUGGAUGGGUUACAAAUCUAUCCAGCAGCGAGAGAUGGACCGAGUGGUCGGAAGAUGUGGAGACCGAAUUCAAUAGACACGCUCUUCUGAGGAACCUCGACUACGACAACUCAUUCCGAAACGGCGUGCCUCAAUGGACGAAUGGGCUGUUUCAGUCUCAUCCUCCCCGUCAGGACGAGUCGACGCCUGUGUUUACCAACCCAUUCCAUUUUUCAGAGUCAUAUCAGAAUGCAAAACCCGAGGAGAUAUCUCCCCUUGAAACCGGAUCCCCAGCUUCCGAAACACAAAACCAAAGUGGAUGUCUUGUGUCUCAGCCUUCCGAAUCGACUGCUCCUUUCUAUGAUCAUGGAUGCUUGUACUCGUACGCAGCUCAACGGUUGGAGCCACUGCAGUUGGAGGCCGAAGAACAUUUGGGACGUCUAUCGCUUGAAGACCAACCGCGAGUGUUUACCACUAGAACCAGCGAAGAGGAGUGGGAUAGCCGUCCCAUCCCGAUGAUAUCGACCUCGAGACGGAAGUUGAUCUGAAUCCCGGAGGACGAUUUCCCACCCAUCCCCCUUCAUGGCUUUUCAUAGAACGAAAUUUCUUUUUUCCUUCUGUACACUAGCGAUUUCUUUUGGAAUCUUCUUUUCGUUUUUCGUUUUUCUUUUUUUGUUCUAUCCUUUUUUUUUCCAUCCUUCACAUCUCAUGCAUGUACCCUCAGAUCUUCAUUUCUCCAACUUGUACCGUACCUUGUCACAUCCACACCACUCGCCCCCUAUAUCUUUCUACACUCAUAUACCUUCCAUCCCGUUGGACAUGACACUAGCAAUGCGUUGUAUCGUACAUUUACCGUAAUACAGAUUAUCUCACCUCCG